AUGUAUAUGGGGGGAUGUCAUAAAGUCCUUGAGGCGAGAAAUCCGGAAGCUCGCCCUGCCCUUGAAGUUAUAUCACACCUACAGCAAUGCGCCCAGGGAUAUGGAUACGUAGAACGGAUCAAGCAGUGUCAGCAGAUCAUUGGAUAUGUGCUGCCAGCGCGGCAUUUGGACCCCUUUACAGCACCAUCACGCAUUAUCCUUGGUGCCAUCGAAACCUUCGGAGAAGGCGUCGCUAGCUUGAUCAAGGGCAGGCCCUGCCAAGGUGUGUCGAAAAUCGCGAUUCCCGGAGUUCAUUCGGUGAUCAGAGAACUGCUCACUAGCAGUGAAGGAAAGCUGGUUAUUGAAAAACUUGAGCGAGAAAUAACUGCUUUUUUGAACAACCCGGGGAUCCAUGAAACCUGGGAAUUUCUGAAUGAACCUCUAACUGAUAUCCCGGUCAUCGGGCCGGCUAUCAAGAGUAUUGGAAAUGCAGAGGCUUGGAUUUUUAAAAAUAUUGUACCUGCAUUCGCCCAGGAGAAAUUGAAAACAUGUAUCGACGAUGGUCUCCGCCAUCCUACUGAUGACCCCUUCUUCUUUAUCCUGGGAGCAGCGGUCAACAUGGUUCAGCAUCCAACCAUUCUGGACCUUCUGCUGGCCAUACCAGGGGUUGGAGAGAUGUCCGGCGCUGUUAAAGCUGCCGAGGAAGCGGCGAAAUUUGCAGAAGCUGCCAAAGCUUCAGGGAUAGUUGAAGAGGCAAUAGAAGCAGAGAACGCUGCCGAACGCGCCGCUGAACUUGCCAAAGCAGCCCGCGGCACCCAAUAUGAAGGCAAAGUUGCCCAAGCGGCACACAAAGCGAAAGAAGCAGCCAACGAUGCACACUAUUGGGUCGAACAUGCUGAAGGGCCAGGGCCCAAACAAAACCCCAAACAGAAACCCAAUCCUGUGGAAGGGGACUCCAAACCCAUCGGUGACGCUACAGCCGUCGAAGUUCCCCAUGUUCCUAAUGAAGGUGUGAAGGUCGUGGAAGAUGCCGAACUCAAAGCUUCAAACCAGGCCGAGCUUGACGAAGCUCUCGAAAAUACAUGGAGCAAAAGCGACGAGGCCGCGCAGGCAAAUUGCAAACGGUCACCGGGACUUAAGUGCCUUAAAAAUUGGGGGAAACCUGAAUAUCGAGUUUUUGAUGACGUCCCGACGCUUCAAGACCUUGUGGGAAAUAUACAAAAAUACGGUCAAGUAGAGAAAGGCAAUGGCCUCUUUUACAGCAGUCUUGACGGCCAAAAUGGGGUUAAACUAUCGACUGAACACUACAAGAACUAUAUCCAGAAGACCACAGGACGUAAAGGGUUUGCCAUUGAUCGUGUGACCGAUAAAAAUUGGUCUCGGGCUCAAAUGAAUAAAAUGAAGACACCAGCAAUGGUCGACCGGUUUGGACGUCGACUCUCACAGGCCUUUGCUGAGACUACCCAGGGUGAUGUUUACUUUUUUACAAGAUCAGAGUUUGAUGGCACGACAUUUCCGGCGACUUCCGUAUGGGGAGGCUGGGAGUACCCGGCUCUAACAAGAAAUCCACGGGUAACGAAAAUCAUCCAAGUGGACCCCUUCAAGAAGGGGGAUUUAGGCCAUACCAUCUGGACUCCUGACAAAGGCCCCUCCCCCAACGCUCCGAAGUCGGGAAACGUGGCUUAA